AUGAUGAGGGAGGUUGCUGUGACUCCUUCGUAUGAAAGCUGCUGUAAAAUAUCGGUGGGACGAGAAGAAUGCACUCCAGAUGAUACAGAGCUCGAAAUACACGAAUAUCAAAAGCGUUUUUAUCCGAGGGACCCUGCAACCACUUUCCGUUGCGAAAAUACCUUCGUCGCUUCUUGCUGUUGUUAUGAAGAUUUAUGUAACGCAGGUUUCAGAGCCUUCAUGAACCGAGCACAAUGGCACCCACAACUAAACUAACAACAACAACGACAACUACUACUACUACUACUACUACUACUACAACGACGACAACAACAACUACAACAACAACGACGACGACGACAACACCAACAACAACAACAACUACUACUACUACAACAUCCAUACCUACCACCACUUCUACAACUAUCCUAGUCCUCUUCUACUUUUGACAAAUCCCUCUAGUGUUUGUUUAUUGAUCAAUAAAUCCAAUUUCCGUAAUGAAUUUCGUGUUUGAGUUUGAGAAGUUUCAGAGCACCGGUGGAACUGAUCCGUCGACUAAACAACAAACGGCAAUAAAAACUGGCAAACCUCCAGCUCCAUUUAUACACUCGAAACAUGGUACUUCACCAAAACCACAAUCAAAAAAGCCAGGUUCAAAACCACAAUCGAAAAAGCCAGGGAAAACUACCAGAGCUGGCAUCUUCCCUUUGAAACAUACUCGAAGGAAGUCUGGAUCCGUGAAGUCACUUCCUCAAGAAAAGAAAUCCGAUGAUUCGAGUUAUGUUGGUGGAGGGACAUACACAGUGCUGAUCGUCGUCGUUGUUUUGGUGUUGCUGUUGACAGUUAUUUGUGGAGUAGUUGCUAGGAUGAGACGUCGACGAAGGCUUGCAAAAAUGAACCCAAAGCCGAAAGCCGGAAGCAAGCAGAAGAUAUCAAGAAUCACCACUUCUAAUAGCAAUCUAAGUCACUACAAGCCUGAAAGCACCGAGCUUGAAGAAAAACCCCGGAAGAAACGCCAUUCUGAACUGAGAACUUCUGUAGCUGCAGUUGGCAAAAAAAUUGCCCGUAUAAGGCCUAGUAUGGGAAGGGGUAGAUUUCCAAAUAAAGAAGAGCUCCCUUCACCCGACAGAGAAAAUUCCGUUGAAAAGAAUCCAAUAAAGAGAAGCGUACUAGUGGCUAAAGAAGAGGGGGGCAGUGAGUUACUCGUGGCCAAUGAAAAUUCCACCGUACCUGUUUAUAAUAGUCCCCAACUAGGUUUUCCAGUCAAAGAAGCGAAUGCAAAUGCUAAUGCCGACGACCCUUAUGGAUUGAAUGUGUUGAAUAAAGUCAAAAGCGAACCUUUCGUUGUUAACGCCUCGGGUGAAGAAGGUAAAUCUUCAGGUGACGCGAAAAAUUUUGGGACAAGGCGGGACCCCGUUAGGUCUAUCCGAAUCAUAUAA